CCUGGCGCCUGUGUCGUCACUUGAGCGCAAUCGUUCUACUUGCUUAUCUCUUGUCUCUUUUGUUCCGACUUCCUCAUCAUCGGCUCUGUCCCGCGCGAACAUGAAUACUGCGGUGUCUUUGUUUGUGACCGCGCUCCUGGUAAGCACCACGCUCGCCAUGGCCGGUCCAGGCACAUUUCUAGUGCAUCUGGUCUUUCCUCGAAAUGGAACUUGGGCGCCGACGGACAACACGCCGAUAUUGUUUGCCUUGCAAAAUCCUCAACUUGCUGCUUCGCUGGGAUUGACCUCGAUCCGCUGGAGCCUCUCCCGGAAAGACAUUGCCAACUUCACCAUAUAUUCGAACGAUUUGAAAUUGAAGGACCUCAACUCUACGAUCGGAAACAUUUAUGUCGCGACAGAUCGUACCGGCGCAUUGGCUGCAUCCGAAGGUCUCUGGAUUUUCCGUUGGACUCUGCGAUACAGUAAUUGCUCCGGACCUACUGACGACGUCACCUACUCGUACAACUCGUCAACCCAAGGUCUAUCAUUUGCGACCAGCAUAUCAGCACCGCGGCCGCUGGUGGAGUCAGUUCUCUCUGACCAAACAUGCCACAAUUCAGAUUACUUGGCAUUGAACGUGACCGCUGUUCAAGACGUGUAUCCCGUGGCCUACGACGGCCAGCCUUCUUGUGCCGUGCUGGGAUCAAGUCCGACCAAUGUGGUUCCUUGUGCUAUCAGCAUUAACCCUGCAUUGAUUUCAAGCGCUUCAGCAGCAGUCUCAUACUCGGCGUGCAAGGCCACUGCUGCGUCCUGCGCGCUUCCCUCACCAACUUCUGGCGCACUCAGCAUGGCUUUCACUAACAAAGGCUUGAUCUGGGUAGGCCUGACUGUGCUGUUGCUAUUAUCAUAAGCGCAAAUGGACGGCUAUACCCCCGCUCGCCGUGGCCUUGAAAAAGACGCUAUAUCGAUCUGUUUGAGCACUCGAAUGGCGCUCAGAUCAUGAGGGCUUGCGUAGACUGCUCAUGACACGUACAAUAUAUCCUCACAGAAUGAAACGACAGAAUCAUAUGAUAGUUUUCUGGCGGGCGUUUCUUCUGCUUGUUUUUGAAUCAGGUGAAAGCCUCUGUCACGUUACUCUGACCUCGUUGCUCAACAUUUUUCUGGGUCACCGCUCAUCCAUGAUUCAGAGCCAAGUCUAGAUUGCCGAACUGGGUCGAUCGCAUCGCGGCGAAGAAAGCUCGCAAAGCAAAUAUGGUCAUAAGGUGUCAUCGUCGAGCAGCCAUCUUUCAGGUC